UCAACUGUGUAAUAUCGCUCAGCUGUGUGUGCUGGCUGGACUCCUGCUGGACGGACAUGCGGAGGAGACGGAAUGAUAAAGCAGACUGAUACAUGGAGCCUUUUAUAAUCGCAACAUCUACAAUGUCAGAUGUUUUUAAUGCAGGUGCCUUAAACUUCUGAAUAGGAGCGCGCUGUCAUUUCAGCACCAGACGUUUUUGACCUCACCGUGAAGGAAAACAUGAUUGUAGCAGCACAUAUGCGGAGGACGCCAAGAGAAGCAUCGUAGCGGGGAGAAACCACAGGCAGGAGAGCGGCCUGCAGAGCAGCAGCAGCAGAGAUGAAGUCCAGGAGACCCCCUGAUGGGGGUUAUGGCUGGGUGGUGGUCAUGUCGGCCUUUUUCAUCAUGGGCCUCACUGGUGCCGUCCUCAAGAACUUCGGCCUCUUCUUUCUGGACAUCCAGAGUCACUUUGGAGUCCUGACCAGCACCACGUCAUGGGUCACCUCCACUACCAUCGCCAUGUUUCAUCUCGGAGCUCCACUGGCCAGUGCGCUGACCUUACAGUUUUCUCAGAGAGUGGUCAUCAUAGUCGGAGGUCUGCUGUCUGCCAUGGGGAUGUUGAUGGCGUCUUUGGACCUCGGUUUGCCGUGCCUCUACCUCACCAUGGGCAUCCUGCAAGGGACGGGCAUUUGCUUCGCGUGGAUCCCUGCCAACAGCAUGGUUAGCCACUACUUUGUACGGUGGCGCCCCAUCGCCUACGCCAUCGCCAGCUCAGGGGAGUGUGUCUUCGCUGUCUUGUUCAGCCCCUUCUUCCAGUGGCUGAUUGAGAGAUACGGCUGGCAGGGUUCUCUGCUCAUCAUCGGAGGCCUUCAGCUCAACUUGUGUGUCUGCGGCGCUCUUAUGAGACCGCUGCCAACAGUCCAGAGCCCGAUACAGGAAACCAACGACAAUCUAGAAGGCGACGCCGCUGUGCUCCCACCAAAGAGGAAGGUUAUCUUCCAAUUCUCCCUGAUGAGAAAACCUGAACUACUCUUCUACAUCCUGUUUGCCAUCUUUGCGGCAGCAGGGUUUUUCAUCCCACCUCUCUUCCUAGUGCCUUUUGCCAACAGUUUGGGGAUGGAUCAGUACUGGCCAGCCUUGAUCCUCUCCGUCCUGGCAUCUGCGGACCUGGUGGGGAGGCUGCUCUGUGGGUGGAUAGCCAACAUGAGGCUGCUGAGGAACCUGCAGCUGCUCACCAUGGUGGCAACUCUGCUGGGGGUGGUUCUUCUGCUGCUGCCUGUCAGCCACAACUUCUGGGUCAUCUUGGUCUUUGCCUCGCUCUACGGAUUCCUGUUCGGCUGUGUGGUGGCCAUUCACGUCACCUCCAUCGUGGACAUUGUAACCCUGGAGGGAUUCGACAGUGGACUGGGGCUCUUUAUGCUUUUCAGGAGCAUCGGUGGCUUCAUCGGUCCACCUGCUGCAGGCUGGCUGGUGGACCAGACAAACGACUACAGUGCCGCCUUCUACCUCUCAGGCCUCUGCCUCAUCUCAUCUGCAGUGUUCGUCGUGGUGGUCGACCGCCUCAUUCAGAGGAGGAAAUCAGUGGAGGCAAGCUCAUCAGGUGAUCAUGCAAGAUGACUCUGAGGCAGGAAUAGUCAAGUGAGACUCUGUUACACGAGGAUUUUUUUAAUCAGAUGAUCAGCCCGAGGUGCCAGAAAAACUCGUUUAGUGUUUGAUCACAUGCAAAAUGCUAAGUGGUUCGACUGAGUUUGUGUUGGGAUGCAGGUUUAGAUCAUGAACCCCAUCUGGGACUGAAAGGGCACAGACAGGUUUUCCAUCUCUGCGUGGCAGUAUUUUUCACAGGUCAAAAAACCCUCUGGAUAUUUUUGAAACUGCUCUGUGUUUAAGUUUGCAGCCAAUAGCAAAAAAGAAAAGGUUGUAACCACGAAACACUCUGGUGUGCGCUGAUUACGUUUUAAGUCUGUCAUGUGACAUAUAGCACCGAACAUUUUCCUUUUUUCUGGGGAAAUCUUUCAAAUGCCUCUGACUUAAGCUUUAUAAGGAGACACUAAAUCAAAUCCUGCUUCUUUCUUUUUUUUUAAAACCAUAAAGUCUUACAUGUUACAGAACACGUGCAUCACAAAGACACUCCAAAGACAAACAGAAAUGGGAUCCUGUACGUUUUUGACAGCAUGCAAUUAUACAUUUUGUUCUGUAAAUGUUUGUGACCAUAAGUGUUUACAUUGCAAGCUGUUGACAGUCUGCAGGAUCCAAACGUUUCUUUUUGCCCUGAAGGACCUCAGAAUCUGAACAAAUUCACUGGCUGACAGCCAGACUUACGAGCGUUAACUCUGUAACAAUGCAGCAGACAGGCUCAGACUCAUACUAUAGCUGUGUCCUUAAAGGAAGAGUUCACCCCAAGAUCAGCAAUAUAUAUUUUUUGUCUUGUCUGUAGUGCUACUUAUCAAUCUAGAAUCUAGAUUGUUUGGGGAUAUCGGCCAUAGACGUGUCUGCUUUCACUCUAACAUAAUGGAACUAGAUUGCACCCAGCUUGUGGUUCUCAAAGUACAAAACAAAAACAAAACAUUCAACAGCAAUGUCUCUUUACAGAAAUCAUGACCCAGUUACUCAAGAUAAUCCACAGAACUUAGCCGUUUCAUGUAGUUACUGUUUCCUCCUGAGUCUUUUCCUGUCGAAAGGCGUGCAUCUACUCAUGGACGAGAGGCUUGCACUGGUGACAGCACAAGAUUGAAACAUUAAUGGUGUCCUCGGCUGAGCUGUAACAUUAGCUAGCUCAGUUUUGCUAGGUAGAUGUACACUUCCUUCUGAUGCAGUUGGCGUGUGUAGUUUGGUAGACAGAAAAUUCUUCCUUCAUGAAACUGCUCACAACAAGGUCUGUGGAUUAUUGUGAGUAAUGGGGUCAUAAUGGAUUUUUCAAAUAAAAUUUUUUUGGCACUUUGAGCACCACAAGCCAAGUGUCAUCUAGUUCCAUUAUAUUUGAGAGAAGGCAGACAUCUCUACAGCUGAUUUCUCCAACACUCUGCAACUCACACCAAAACAAUCUAGACUGAUAAAUAGCACCACAGUUAAGAGGGAAAAAAUGUAUAUAUUUAAUUUAUUUUGAGGUGAACUGUCCUUUUAAAUGUCACAUGCAGUAGUUUUCAUGUUAAACACUGAUCGUCACAGUCUGUUUUUACAGCAGCAGGACGAUGUUUAUGGGACAGACUCAAAAUAGACUUCAGUAGCUGUGUUUAAUGAAGGAACAUUUUACACAGUGUGAGAAUUUUCCUCAUUGGUUUAUUUUUAAUAGUUUUAUUUAGAAAACAAUGGAGCUCUAUGACAUUGAAAAAUAAGAUAUAUCAGGUAAUACUUGUUAUACUUGUUAUAUUAUCAUUGAUUUUAGUCUUUCCAUGUGAUUUGUUGGCAAUAAGAGACACAGAAUAUCACCAGACCGAUCCUGUAUGUGUUUUCACAGUAUAACAGAUAAGUUUUGAAAGAACCAGCCAUAUGAAUGUUUGUUUUUGUCCUCAUAAUGGAGCCUGUUGACUUUCUAAUAAGUUGUCAGCACUACGGGAGACUUCUGAGUAAUGCAUUUUCAGAAGGAGCAGAAAUGUUAUUGUUCUGUUACUUUUUGUCAAGCUCAGGGACUCCCACAUAUCAUCAGCACUGUAAACAGCAUGUGGGUCAAGCCACAGUGGGGAGCCAUUGUAACUCUUCAGCUGUAAACUGGUGUGAUAACUUAAGUGUUGGUUUUCUGUGUGACUGGUAUGUUGAUAGUAUGAGUGGCUCUUUGAGGGCAUAUUGUGCUGUCACAAGUCCUGGUGUAGCUUUUAUUACUUUUUUUAAAAAUAUGAAUCCUGUCCAAUCAAAUUAGUUCCUUUUAUGUAAUAGAGACUAAAGAGAUGAAAUACUCAAAUAAAAUAAGGUUUGGUAACUUUUAACCACUUCAAAUGUGAAUUUUCUUAUUGAUAUUUGAAAGAUAACUUGAGAUCCAGAUCACUUUUGUUGUUCCUGUAGUACUGUAAUAUUAGUUUUCAUACGUACAGCCCGCUCCACCCUUUUUUCUGCUUUCUCUUUUCAGGUUUUGUCUGAAUAUAUGAAAUCUCUUGUUAGUCCUUGUUAAGUUCAAAAUGCUACAUUUUACAAAAUAAAUCACUGCAUUGAUGGUUUUAAA